AUGCGAAAUCGAUUCUCUGGAUCCUCAUUCAAAAAUCAAGCUUAAUAAUACACACUCCAUCCUUCUCUUACCUUCAAUAGGAAACGCUCCUGUGAAUGUUUAGACUGUGGAUUACACAAUAAAAAAAUGCUUUAUGUCACAACAGUAUUUCCUUAAUUUCAACCUUAUCAACAUAUUAUUACUACGCUUAAGGAACAAAAUGAAAUAUAAUAGUAAAGAAAACGUAUGACAAUGAGGAAUAAAAGACAUCUUAUACAAAAGAAAGCUAUCAUUGACAUCAUGCAAAAGCUAGAAAAUAAGCCAAAAAAAAGACAAAAUAGACAUCACAAUACUGUAUUUUACAAUCAUUAGGCUAGUGUACCUAAUCCAUAAAGUCUUUAAUCUAAUGAAAUUACCUAAACCCCUUCAAAACCUAUUCAAAGAUCCCCUAAUCUAUUUCAUAGGUACAAUUCAUUAUCCCCUCGGAAACCCUUUACUGAUAAAAAAAAUUUGAAAGUGUAGACAUUCUCUUAGAAAUUAAAAACAUUCUAUUUGCCGAUUACAGCUCCUUUUGAAUCACAAAUAAUAUUUAGAUUAGAAUUAUUAGAAGAUGGCAAAGCCAGAUUCAUAAAAAAAACUGGUUCAUAGGAUGACUUCACCAUUAAUCUCAGAUUGAAUAAAUUCUAAGAGGAUGAUAAAAAGAAUGAAGACUAAUCUAUAGAAAAUCUAAAUAUAUUACCUACUUUACAACAAGAAGAGGAUGAAGAAGAUGAACAAACAGAUGAAGAAAAUUAAGCAAAUAUUAAAUAAUUGACAACAUUAAAUACAAAAAAAACUUAUAAAAAUAUUUUGAAGUAUAAUCCAAGAACCCUUUAAAGUUUAGUAGAUAAAUCAUAAUUAGGUUAAAGUAAAAUUAAAGCCUAUCCAAAAUAUCUAAACUAAAAUAAUGUAGUACAUUUUCAAAGAUCCAUAACAAAUAAUAUGUCUCCUUUCACCAAUAUUAAUAUUACUAGAAAUUCUCCAAUACCAUCAAUCAAAUUAUUGGAAGAAAAAAGAAAAAAGCCUAAAUUUAAACUCCUUCCAUUAGAAAAUAAACCAUAUUCACAUUUCGCCCUUAAUCGUAUUUCCCCAACAACUUUAUCUACAAUCAAGCCCAAUCCAAAAAAAGUCAUUUAAAGAAAUAUUUUCAAUGCAUCCAGAAAAAAACAUCAAAAAAACAUUACUUUUGGAUAAUUGUUGAUAUAAGUUUGA